UGCGUGAUUGAACAUUGCAGUGUUGAAGUGUCUAAAGAAAUCGGAAAAUGUAGUGAUUUAUUGAACAGCAGAGAACAAAUCAAUUUAAUAAUACAUAUAAUUCUUCAUUAUCUUGUCAACGUGAGGGCCGUAUAGAUCUAUUUAUGGAUCGAGCUUAACGUCCAAACAAAGACAUUAAAGUUUAAUCUGAUAUUUGUUUACUUGCGUAAUUAUAAUAGAAGCUAUAGCAAUGGAAGGUAUAAGCUCAUCGCCAGAAGAGCACACAGCUUCUGAAGGGGAGGAAGCCAGAAAAAUGACCAGAGAAACACCAUCACCAGGAAAUCACAUUGACCAAGGUUUUCCUCAAGCGACCUCUUCCGUGAACAUUUCACAGUUAGAAGAAAAAAUGCGUCGCAAGCUUCAGUUUUUCUUUAUGAACCCGAUCGAGAAGUGGCACGCGAAGCGGAAGUUUCCAUACAAGUUCAUCAUACAACUCAUCAAGAUAGUGCUGGUGACGUUUCAACUGUGUUUGUUUGCUCACAACAGAUACAAUCACGUCAACUAUACUGAAGAUAACAGGGUGAGCUUCUCACAUUUAUUUCUUCUUGGCUGGGACUCUACGCGCGAGAUCAACGCGUACCCGCCGGGCGCAGGCCCACUGGCUGUCUACAAAUUGGACGAAUUCUAUAAUGCACUAGAUUAUGCUUACGCUGGAUACUAUAAUCUUUCCAAUGCCAUUGGACCAUACUCUUACAAUGAUGAAAAUAAUAAUCCACCCCCUCCAGUGUUCUGCCAAUUCAACUACAAAAGAGGUAUUAUAAACGGCUUCAAUGAAAGUUACGAAUUUAAUGCAGAAAUAGUAACCUCAUGUGUUAAUUUCACUAAAACUGAAGGGCUCUUCAGUUCUCAAAAGUUCAUCAAAGAAUCCAACUUGGAAGUUGAUUUUGCAUCCUUAGUAAGAGCUGAACUGAUGUUUUCUAUUAAAACUAUAAACUUCAGAGCUGCAGGCCCCAUAACUCCACCGGACUGCUUCCGAUUUGAUGUGGCUGUAGUUUUUGACAAUGAAGACCAUGACGGGCAAAUGUCUUUAAGCUUGGAAGCUGAACCAUAUAAACUAGUUUGUAAAGGAGACAAAGAAUAUGUGACGGACAACAAAAUAGAUCAGAUAUUACGAAGCAUCCUCAACAUCCUAGUUAUUUUGAUUUGCUCUAUGUCACUCAUGCUGUGCAGUCGUGCUAUUUACCGAGCUCAACUUUUAAAAGAGCUAACAGUCCAAUUCUUCCGGCAGGCCUACAAUAAGGAACUAAGUCUGGACGGAAGACUUGAAUUCCUAAAUGUUUGGUACAUCAUGAUCAUUGUCAAUGAUAUCCUAAUUAUCAUGGGUUCUGCCAUCAAGGAGCAAAUAGAGCGCAACCAGUUCACCAAUGACCAAUGGAAUGUCUGCUCCUUAUUUUUAGGCACCGGAAACCUGUUGGUUUGGUUCGGAGUACUAAGAUACUUAGGCUUUUUCAAGACCUACAAUGUUGUCAUCCUAACAUUAAAGAAAGCUGCUCCUAAGAUAUUCAGAUUCUCAAUAUGUGCACUCCUCCUUUAUGCAGGUUUUACUUUCUGUGGAUGGUUAAUACUAGGUCCGUAUCACAUGAAGUUCCGAUCACUUGCCACCACCUCUGAAUGUCUUUUCUCUUUGAUAAACGGAGAUGAUAUGUUUGCUACUUUCUCAGUCAUGUCCAAGAAAUCCCACUUACUUUGGUGGUUCAGCCGCAUAUACCUGUACUCGUUUAUCAGUUUGUACAUAUAUGUUGUUCUGAGUUUGUUUAUAUCAGUUAUUAUGGAUGCAUAUGAUACUAUUAAACAGUACUAUAAGGACGGUUUCCCUAAGAGUGACUUGCAUACAUUCAUGGGUGCUCCAAGUUGCGACGACGUGUCAUCUGGGCUGUACCGCACGCAGAGUUCGACUUCCCUCAAUGCUACUAUGAAUUCAUUGUUUUGUUGUAACUUCUACCGAAGUGCAUACUCUAAGAUAGAAGGGGGCGGAUCCACUUUAAACCUGUUGUAGAUAUUUAUUAAACUUGUUUUUAACGAAUGUACAUAGUUAUAUUAUCAGAGAAAUGUAUUUAUAAAGAGUGUCAAUAUUAUAACAAAAACAACCUCUAAAGGAACCCAUAAAAAACACAUGAAAUAUGUGACCAUAGGUUAACUACAAGUUAGAAUCUGCUGUUUCAGAGACACGAAUUAGCGUUUAACAUUGACACUGUUUAUAAUUGUCUAGCCUCUGAUUAUCUAUAAGUAUUUGUAUGAUAUUAGAUUAUCUGUAUAUGUCGCAAUCAUAUUAGAAAUUAGGGCAGUUAUGAGGUAGCUUCGAGGCUGAUGUGUUGAAAUCCCAAAGUUAAGGUUUAGGGCUUUUGGUACAGUCAAUAGCAGAUUUAUCUGAACAUUCAAAUCAGUUCAAAAUAUACCUACAUAACAUUCAUCUGUAUAGACAUAGGUAUUCUCUGCUGACUGUACUUAACUUUAGUUACCAAAGGAAGAUUAUUUCUUGCCUAUCUUAGUCAAAUUAAAAUCUUGCAUAGAUGAAAUAAAUAUAUGAACGAAAAUAUAGAUUUUAAGAAUGACACUAUGUAGUUCAAAUACCUACUGGUAUCAUAUUUUUAACAUUAUUAUUGUUGUGUUAGAUGAGACACAACAAACAAAUGUAUUUAUUUUAUAAUAUAUUGAAUAAUGUACAUAGUUUAGUUCCAUCAUAAAAUAUCAUGAAUUAUGGUAGAAACUAAACUUUUAGAGUUGUUGUAUUUCCUCACGUCAUUUUAUCAAUAUUAGGAUCUACCUAUCUUCCAUAUUUGCAUUGUGCAUGUUUUUUUAAUCAAAAUAAUAUUUUUACUUACAUCUAUUUCAUGUUAAAGAAAUCGAGAAUGUUUUUGCAUGAUAGAUCAGACCACCUUGUUACAUAAACAAAUCAUAUUACCUAUGUACUAUGUAUGUAUUUUGUUUAAUGUCGCCAAGAAUAGUUCUAAAAGUUGUUAGUGCGACUUGGAGAAAGUACAUGGAUUUUUUAUUGUAUGUUAUGUUAGUAUGUGUUUUGGAAAUGGUACAAGCAAUUUUAGUUUUAUUUUUGUUAAAAUAAAAAUGUAAGAUAGCUUUUCUACCCAUAUGUACCUUAACUUUCAAGAUAUUUCCUCAAAUUAUUAUAUUUUCGAAAUAGGGAAAGAACGAUGGUUACAUAAUACACUAUAAUUCAUAAUUAUAAAAUUGAAAUAUAAGUAAUAUAACUCUCUAAUUCUUCAAACUAGAGCAUGUUAUUACUAAUAUAAACAUACCUAACAGAACAAUGGGAAAGUCAUAAAUGUAUUAUUCCUAUCCUAUCUAGAAAUAUACCUAUUUUUGUACCUACCGAUCUGUGUUUGACUCCGGUUACAACCGAUAAUAAAUCGCAAAGUUCGACUCCAUAAA